AUGAUAGAUGGACACCCCGCAGAUAACAAUAUUCAACACAAACAAAAUCUACCGACAGUGAGUGCCAUCAUACCCACCGAAAAAGUCUUCGACUGUGAUUCCACCCGAGACAAGGAAAUCGAUCCGAAGUCCGCGCACGAAUGCAACCGGUCUACAGAUCUAACACCAGUGAAUGAUGCUUCCCUGAACGGUGGUCCAUUAAUUGACUAUUAUAAAGUUGGUGCGCAGAGAUUGGACGAAUUGUUCUCUUGUGACCAGUUCUGCUCCAUGUCUUCGGUGUUUGAUGAUGUGACAAAACAGCUUCGGGAACGACUUCAUUCUAAUUACUCCAGGAUACGUGAAGAAAUGCAAAAUGCCGCCAAGGAAAUUGUGAAUACAGAAAUGAAACGAAUACUACUCACAACACAGCAACUACGUGAUCAGGUGAUCAGCCUACGUUCAUUGGUUCAAAGUCAAGAGCGAAUGAUUGCGCGAAAAGAUCAGGUGAUCGAUGAUUUGAUGCUCGAUUUGAGACGAGUCAAUCAGAAUGCAGAAAUAGCGCGUGAAAAGUGUCGCGCGGAAAGAGAUUUAGAAAGUGAAUUACGUAUAACCCGUUCCGAGUUNGGAGCCACUCAAGCGGAAGAACAAGCUACUCUGAAAAUGGCUCUGAUGCGCGGAAUCUGUGCGUUAAAUAUGGAAACCAUGAGCUUGUUUCACAAAGACACCCGAACGCAAUCGGACGAAGAGCCGGGCAGAGAUAUGGCAAAUCAGAGCGCACAACACAACAGGACCACCGGUACCGAGUUGUUUUCCAGUCGAUAUGCCUUGAUCAGCGGUAAUCGGUCUCGGGGUGAACCCAGCACUACACAUACACCCUACGUGCCGGACGGAUCUGUCAACGGGAACGCCUCUGGCUUGAAUGAGCGUAUCCCGGGCUACCCGCUGGAGGCCUGGCCCCGUCAGAUGCCCCUCGGUUCUAUGCUAACAAAGGCCGAGAUGAGCAGAUCAUCCACGGCUCCAGGCGGUCCCAAUCCGAAUGAGUUCUGUGCUCGGUGGUUGGAUCAAACUCAAAUGGAAUCA